AUGCCUCUUCCCAAAUUCAUUGACGAGCUCACCUACCCGUCGGGCCCCAAUGCCCGCCGCCUGGUCUCGAUCCGAUACAUCCUGUCUAUCCAGCCUUGCGUCGGCAACCAGUCGAAAGAUAUGGCAGAGAUUGACGGCUGGCGCGUUGCCGUAGACAAGGAUGACUUCCAGCCCGGAAGCAUCGUGCUCUUCUGCGAGCCGGACUGUUUCCUGCCGGCCAACAAUCCCAUGUUCACGCAAGGUUUUGGUGGUGCGCCUCCCAUGGAGUACAUGGGUGUCAAAGGCUACCGCGUCACCUCGCAGCUUGUGGGUCAGGAAAUCUCUCAGGGUAAAGUCUUUUCCCUCGAGGACUUUCCCGAGGUCACCAAGACCUUUCGUGAUCUUGUCGACUACUACAAUGGAGAGGAAGACGUCGCGGUCAUGGACAUUGGUCUCUUCUGCUUCGCGGCACGUCUGUCUGUGGCCAAGUGGGAGGCGGCGUUUCUGAGCGACGAGUGCCUCGGAGCGAUGCCACCCUUCAUUCGCAAGACUUCCAUUGAGCGUCAUGCCAACUGCCCCAAUUUAUUUACCAAGUCCAAGUACUUUCAACGGCUCUACCAAGAGUCGGUCAAGCUUGACGGCUGCUCCAUGACUGUCUACUUCAUCGGCAAGAACCAGCCUGCCUACCGCUCCUGCAACCCGGCCCGCCCGGGCAACUCCUUCACCGAGGGCACCAAAGGCCGCAUCGGAGUGUGCUCCCACCGCAAGGAGAUUGCCGAGAACAAGGACUCGCUCUACUGGCAGGCCGCAAUCAAGUACAAUCUGCCCCAGCAGCUCCACAACCUGGGCCAGAACAUCGCCAUCCAGGGCGAGCUCUGUGGCUCCACCAUCAAUGGCAACCGCGAGAAGUUCCCUGACGGCGAGCACGACUUCUUCAUCUUCGAUGUCUGGGACAUCGACACCAAGAAAUACUGGGCGCCCGACCGCACCGUGCAGCUUGCCGCCCAGCUGAACUGCAAGCAUGUCCCCGUCCGCGGUGACUUCAAGAUCCGAUCGAUUGCUUUCAACCACCAGGGCUUGAGCAACCGCGCUGAGGCGCUGAAUGCCGAGGGCCUGGUCUACAAAUGUGCAGAGGACGGACGGAGGUUCAAGGUGCACAACCGCAAGUGGCUUCUGAACCACGGCGAGUGA